AUGGGGGCCACACAGAACACCUUCACGUUGGACAAUUAUGAGGAUUUCUUCUCCGGCAGAUCCGAGAAUUCCUCAGAGUACAAUUCGUCAGACGGUGAUGAUGCCUUCAUCUGUAAUGAAGAGACAAGCCAGCAACUGUUCCAUGCAGCGUUCCGAACUUCGGUCUUCGGUGUGGUAUUUUUGCCAGCCCUGGUAGGGAAUGGCCUGAUGCUGAUGGUGCUCCUAAGUCGUAGGCGGCGCCUACGUAUCGCUGAGAUCUACCUACUACACAUUGCACUGUCUGACCUUCUACUCGUGUUUACCUUUCCUUUUGUAAUGGCACACAGUGCCAUUGGAUGGGUGUUUGGGGAGUUUCUCUGCAAGGUGGUGGGCCUGUUGAACCGCCUCAGUUUCCUUUAUGGGAGCCUCCUGUUGGCUUGCAUUGGGUUUGACCGGUAUUUGGUCAUUGUUCACGCUAUCUCUAGCAUGCAAGGUCGGCAUCCCAGAACAGUGCACCUAACUUGUAUAUCAAUAUGGCUGGUUUGUCUCAUCUUAUCAGCACCCCAUGUUGUGUUUUUCUCCGUGAUUCAGCGUUCCACAGACCCAACCAAGCUCCUCUGCUUCUUUAAAGAGUGUGGUACCCAUGCAAACGACUGGUUUUUGACCAAUCGCAUCUUAACUCACAUGUUGUGCUUUUUCUUACCUCUGGCAGUCAUGAGCUACUGCUACUCAAGAGUCAUAGGGACUCUGCGCCACGGUCAGAGAAGUCAGCAGACACGGGGUGCCAUACGCCUUGCUUUGCUCAUCACUGCUGUGUUUUGCCUCUGCUGGCUGCCUUACAAUCUCACCCUACUCGUGGACACCAUGGUGGAGUUGGACGUAUUCUCGAACCAAAGUUGUGAAGCCAUUGCCCGGCUGGAGCAAGGGCUGGUGGUGACAGAAAGCCUGGGGUUCUUACACUGCUGCCUGAACCCCAUCCUUUACGCUUUUGUUGGGGUGCGGUUCCGCAAUGACCUCCUACAGUUAUUAUCUAGACGAGGCUGCAGGCGCAUUUGUCUGCCUUUCAUCAGAGCUCAGGGUCACACAGGGUCGUCCGUCUCCGAGAGAGCGCCUAGCAGCAGUACCACUUUCAUGUAA